AACCAUCUAACAUCAAGAAAGAAAAAAAAAAGGAUGUCACUAAGAAUGGCGCUGGACAUCUAUGACUCUCAGUACCUGGUCAUCCUGGCCCCCUCCCUGGUCAUCGCUCUCAUGUUCCUCUUCUUCUGGCUCUUCAUGAAAGAGACCUCCUACGAUGAGGUGCUGGCCAGGCAGAAACGGGACCUCAAGCUGCCCCCGUCCAAACCGGACACCCGCAAGAAGAAUGAGAAGAAGAAGGGCAAGAAGAAGGAGAGCAGUAGGGAUGGUGGGGGAGGAGGUGGGGAGUCUGAAGAAGACCUGCGGGAAUUUGACAUGGCCGACGGUGUUAGCAGCCCCACUGCCGAGGAGGAGGAGCCUGUCCCUGUGGCCCCUCCCACCCCUGUUCUCGCCCCGGUGGGAGUUCUAGCCGAGGCCCCUGUGGGAGUGAGGGAGAGGAAGAAGAAGGAGAAGAAAGCCGCCAAGGCAGCUGCCGCUGCAAUGGCUCCCCCUGUCGACGAACCUGAAAUGAAUGGCUCCAAGCCGGCUGGCCACAAAGCAGAGCCCCCUGCCCCAGUGGCCAAACCAAGUCCACCCUCACCCAAGCCUGACCCACAGCCUCAGCCCCUUGCCCAGACCCCGCCCCAGCCCUCUGGCAAGAAGAAGAAGGAGAAGAAGCAGAAGAUGGAGGCCGCGGAGGAAGAGAUUAAGUUGGAGAAGGCUCCGGCUGCUGUCAGAAAGGAGCCUCCGGCGCCAGCUGAAACUAAGGCUCAGGAUGGCGCGGCGCCCCCAGUCACCACCACUGGCAAGAAGAAAAACUCUGCCAAGAAGCAGAAGACUGAGCAUGCCCCUGUGGAUGAUGCCUUGGCUGAGUCUCUGGCUCCUGUAAACCACAGUGAUGACGCACUCUCCAAGGGGAGUAAGAAACAGAAGAACGAGACCGACAAAGAGAACUCUGAGGUGAAGCUGAAGGAGCUGCUGGCGGGCCUGGGAAGCCUGGUCCUGUCUGAGGCAGAGGCGCUCAGUGUGGUCACCGCGCUGAAAGAGAAGAACGCCUCUGCCCUGGAUGCCUGGCAGAGGUCCGCUGCUAAGGCUGACCCCACGUCGCAGGAGAGAGAGAGGCUCCUCAAGACUCUACAGGAGGAGGCCUCCAUUGCCAAGGACAAGGUCCAGCAGCUAAGCAAGGAGCUGCAGCAGAAGACGAUGAGAGCAGAGGCUGUUCUGAGGGAGCAGCGUGCGGCAAUGGAGAAGGAACUGAACGUCAUGCAGGCCAAAGCCCAGGCUGAGCUCCAGGGCAUGCAGAUGAAGUUCCAGAAGCUGAGGGAACAGCUGGAGGGUCAGAUCGCCAGGCUUCAGCAGGAGAAUGGCAUCCUGAGAGACGCGGUCAGCACAGCCACCAACCAGAUGGAGAGCAAGCAGUCGUCGGAGCUCAACCAGCUGCGCUCAGAGUACUCUGGUCUCAUGAAGGAGCUGACGGAGAACAACAACAAGCUACAGCAGGAGGAGCACCAGAGGAAGUCGCUGGAGGUCAACUACAAGCAGAACGUGUCUCAGCUGGAGGCUCAACUGCAGGACGCCAAGCGCCGCUGGGACGAGGUCCAGAACUACCUCCACAAUGUCAACGCGGAGAGGGAGAAACUUCAUGCUGCUAAAGAAGACCUGCAGAGCCAGCUGCUGGUGGUGGAGACCGAGAUGAACAACAAGAACAAAGAGAUCCAGACGCUGCACAGCAGCCUGACCGACACCAUUGUUUCCAAAGAGCAGGUGGAGCAGAAGGUGAUGCAGCUCCUGGAGGUGUCCCAGCACAGUCUGACUGAUGACUCUGGGCAGGUCCAGGAUCUUCUGAGUGAAAACGAGAACUUUAAAGCCCAGAUCGAGAGUCUGCAAGCCCAGUUGAGCUCCCAGGUGACUACGGUCUCACACUUCGAGGAGCUGCAGAAGUUGCUGGCUGAGAAGGAGCAGCAGAGGAAGAGUCUGGAGGACUCCCUGAAUGCUGAGAGGAGCAGUGGUGCGGCCAGGGAAACCAACAUGCAGGCCAUGCACAAAGACAACAUGUCACUGAAGGCAGAGCUCCAGAAUCUGCAGGCUCAGAUUUCUGAACAGGCUGCCACUCGGCUUGCCUUGGACCAGUUCCAGAAGAGUGUUCAAGAGAGGGAAGAGAACAUCAAGACUGUGGAGGACUUGCUGAAAGCAGGGCUGAUUGAGGUGGCCAAUAAAGAGGAGUUGUUAAUGACUGUAAGACAAGAGAAUGAGGCUCUGAAACAAGAGAUUGAGGCUUUAAAGCUUCAGACUACUGAGCAGGCGUCAUCCAAUUCAAUAGUCGAAGAACUACAGAGCAAAAUCAAAGAGAAAGAUGACCAGAUGAAGUUAUUGGAGGAGAGCCUAGAAGCAGCACGUGCCAGGUGCUCCAGCGAAGUGAUCACUGCUGAGGCUCUGAGACAGCAGGUGGCAUCGCUACAGGCUGACGUGGACCAGCUGAGACAGAAGGGGGCGGAGGACACCACCCGCUCCAGUGCCCAGCUCCUAGAACUACACGCACAGCUGGCUGCGAAGGACCAGGAGAUCCAGACACUACAGAGUGAGUUGGCAGUAAGGGCUAAGGAGCUGAGCAACAAGGUUCUGGAGUUGCAGCAGCAACAGACCCACAUAGAGGCUCCAAGCCCGGAACUGCUGGCAGCGUUGGGAGAGAGAGAGAAACAGGUGUGUGAUCUUCAGGGAGAGCUGUCCAACCUGCGGGAUUCCCUGGACCUUCACCGGAACAAAAACAAUGAGCUUCGGGAGAAAAACUGGAGUGCAAUGGAGGCUCUGUCAGCCACCGAGUCCAUGCUUCAGGGGAAGCUCAGCAAGGCCCUCAAGGAGAACCAGACGGCGCUGGAGAAGGCCCAGGCAGAGUGUCGAGAUGUUCUGCACCGACUGCUACCCAACGUGCCUCAGCCCACUGAACAGAACCACCAGAAGUGGCUGCAGAGGUUUGAGACUGCAGUGAGAGAGACCCAGGCAGCAGAGUCCAUUCCUGUUUGUGAACCAGCUGCAGCUCCUGAGGACACCAAGGUAUUAGCCGAGAAGCUGAAGGAGUCCGAAGAGGCCCAGAAGGUCCUACAGAAAGAUUGUGAGACGUACAAGAAGGUGUUGGCUGAGACGGAGGGCAUCCUGCAGAGACUUCAGAGCAGUGUAGAACAGGAGGAGUCUCGCUGGAAGGUGAAGCUGGAUCUGUCUCAGAAAGAGCUGAAUGAGAUGAGUGUGAAGGUCAUGGCCCUGGAGCAGGAGGUGGACAGACUGAGCAACAGCGGGGAGCUGGUCAGCUUGAGGAGAGAGAAGCAGCACCUGGAGUCUGAGCUGGAGAGAGCCGAGCGUGAGAGCGCCACCUAUGUGUCUGAGGUCAGAGAGCUCAAAGAUCUGUUGACUGAACUGCAGAGCAAACUCGAUGGCUCUUAUACAGAAGCAGUCAGGCAGAAUGAGGAGCUGAACUUGCUGAAGAUCCAGCUGACUGAGACUCUGUCCAAACUGGAGGCCGAAGAGAGUGAGAGGCAUCAGGUGGCCGGGGAUCUCUAUAAGGCCCAACAGUCUCUGGACCUGAUUCAGGAGGAACUGUUCAAAGGGGCUGGCCAGGCAGAUCUGAUAGAAAACAGCAACCUUUCAUCACACGAGGAGAUUGACAGGAAGGAGAAGAUGACUGCAGGACUGAACCAGACUGUGAGGGAGCUGCAGCAGCUGCUACAGGCAGUCAACCGGCAACUCACCAAGGGACAGGAUGCGGAAUCGGACAAAGACUCGCCUGAAGUAUAGGGAGGAACAACAUUCCCAAUCUCACUACAAAGACCACCCCCGCCCUCUCCAUUACCUCCAACACUUCUAUCAUGCCACACUCCUCUUUUCUCCUCCUGUACUGUAGGCAGACUCCUCCUGACUCUCUAUCCCUGCCUGGCACUGACCUCUAACCUCUGACCUCCACCUGCUUCUGUUCAGCAAAGUCAGAGAGAGUCCAGUCCUGGCCGAAGCAGAGAGGGGCUCCCUCAAACUAUAAACACUCCAGACUCCAUACCAGACGUUAUUCCUGCAAAGUCCCGCCACAUUCCGUAUGAUCCCUACAGUAGCACACCCAGAUCGAAAGGCAACAUACAUAUUUCAGACUGUGUGGCAUCUCCUCUUUAGUGCUCCUAUUUUCACUGGAAAUCUUUGAAGACAUGUCGUUUGUCUCUGUUAGUUUUUCUUUGUCCAGAGGGUGAUUAAGUGGAUUCCUACUUCUCUAAAUAAACGUUUGGUUCUGUCCUUUUUUUUUUAAGCCUAAAAGGAACACUUUUUAAAAUGAAACUCUUAGGGCCUGCUGACUACAAUUGUUGAGCUCUUAGACUCGUGUCCUGACCACUCAUCACGUACUGUACAUGUGCAUUGGUUCAGAAGUACAGUGUGAAGGCCCGUUACAGUAGCUACUGUACAUUCAUACUUUGGCUGAGUAUUGGGGAGGGGUUGCGGACGAGGGAGGGUCCAAGCAUGGCAGGCGGGUUGCUACGUAACUCUGGACAUCGGAGAUACAUGGGAGAAGUCUGUGAGCAAAGAGCCAGUAGGAGUGAGGCUAUGGCCAGGCUUCACUGUGGCAGCAGGACAGACCUCCAGGGUACAGGUUUUAGGCCUACUGUAACUACUUUAGGAAGGGGUGUCCCAUAUCAUCUGUAAUCAACACUCGCUAUAUUGUUGCUAAUUUCAUUAACACUGAAUAUUUUGGGGUUUUUUUGUAACAGGUGACCGUAAAUAAAAGGGAUGCUUGAUAAAUCUG